UGUCUUCCUUUUAUAUCGACAGCCGAAGCCCGAGCUUUCCCACCGAUCCCUGAACUCGCCGAUUCAGUGUGCAGAAAAUGGCGAGCGACGCGAACCAGAAGAUAGACUACGUGUUCAAGGUGGUGCUGAUAGGGGACUCGGCGGUCGGGAAGUCUCAGAUACUGGCGAGGUUCGCGCGUGACGAGUUCAGCCUGGACUCCAAGGCCACAAUCGGCGUCGAGUUCCAGACCCGCACCCUGGUCAUCCAGCACAAGAGUGUCAAGGCCCAGAUCUGGGACACCGCCGGCCAAGAACGGUACAGAGCAGUUACAAGUGCAUAUUACAGGGGUGCUGUUGGGGCAAUGCUGGUUUACGACAUUACAAAACGCCAGACCUUUGAUCACAUACCUCGUUGGCUGGAAGAGCUGCGUGGCCAUGCUGACAAGAACAUUGUCAUCAUACUGAUUGGUAACAAAAGCGAUCUUGAGGAUCAGCGGGCAGUCCCCACUGAGGAUGCCAAAGAAUUUGCUCAAAAGGAAGGACUGUUUUUCUUGGAGACUUCGGCAUUGCAAGCGACUAAUGUUGAAACUGCCUUCUUGACUGUAUUGACAGAGAUCUUCAACAUUGUCAACAAGAAGAACCUAGUUGCGGAUGAAAAUCAAGGUAAUGGGAACCCUUCUUUGGCUGGCAAGAAGAUCCUUGUCCCAGGCCCUGCACAAGUGAUCCCAACUAAGAGCAGCAUGUGCUGUAGAUCAUGAUUUGAUUGAAUUGAGGUUUCAGAAAAUGGGAAUCUUGGUUCUAUGUUUCUCUAAGCAAUUUUUUGAGGGGUGUGGUGUAUUUCCUUUGUAUAUUUUACAUUGCUUCAGUGUAGUUUUGCACGAGCAGCUGAUUACUUGCAUGUUAGGAAAUGGGAGAAAGAACUAAGGAUGAAGCUGAGUUGCAGAUUGCUUGUUACUAAUUUGUUGUAUUGAAAAUUUAAGUUUACGUUC